CCUGAUUUUCGAACGACCGGGCUUGAUUGGCUCAGUGUUGAUAUGCCCAGUUUUGGUCUCAAUUCUGAGCCAUGGCCUGUCGCUGGUAUUUCGAACAACCCCCAUAUUCGGUCACCAACUACUUCGAAUCAAUCAGGCCUUGAUACGGAAAGAAUCCCUUCGUCUCAGUUUUAUCAACCUGUUAGUCCACCAACUGCCAUAGGCCGAACAAGAGCCUCAGCGAAUAGCCCCAACCUACACCCACUAGAAUCCAGCUACGCAGGACAAUCUUGGCCAUUUGACCAAACCCGAGAUUCACCUCCCCAUAGGUAUUCCCUCCCACCUCUGAGGGAAAUUCUCAAAAACCCCUCGGGCAAUCAAAAUAAGCGUCUGGACAGUCUAAUCUCGUUCCUAUCUGACGGCUAUCUUCCGAAUCUGUCAUUAGUAAAAGAUAGUAAUGCUUCGCAGGUAUUUGGCGAUUUGCACAGACUGCUUGAUCUUUAUUUCUCCCGAUUUCAUGACAUUCAGCCCAUUAUCCACCGGCCAACUUGGAACAUGUUUUCUUGUCCAACAGUUCUUCUCACUUCAAUGGCUUGUGUGGGAGCGUUACUCUCAGAUGAUGAGCAGGAUAUAGAACUUUCAUGGAUGCUUAGUGAAAUAUGCUUGCCAAUGAUUUCAUGGCUGGGUGCUGCAGAUGGAGGAAAUUACCGCGAUAUAUCUUACCUGAAUGCACUGUGUCUGCACCAGAUUUACUCUCUUGGGUCAGGCAAUAGGCAGCUCUAUCAAAAUGCUGACCGUUCUAGAGGUGUUCUCAUUGGAAGUUUGCGAGGCAUGGGCCUUCUAGGCUCCUCGUCUUGGGGAAUCAUGGACGAUACUCAAGACAGUACUGAGUUGCCAGAGGUGGAACACGACAUGGGGCUUCUGCAUCGUCAUUGGUUAUCUUGGAUUAGCCAAGAACACGAACGCAGAGCGGCUUGGGCCGCAUUCGAAUACGAUUGCAGCCUCUGUACUCUCACCAGCCGUCGAGGAGCUAUUGACCUCAGUGAACUGCCUCGAAAGUUACCUUGCAAUGAAUCAUUGUGGAGUGCAACCUCCGCGCAGGCUUGGCUGGCUCUUCGAUCACAUUUAAAUAUCACUCCAAUCCUUUCGGAUACUUUGAAAGCGAUAUUUUCGGGGAAACAGAUAAAUAAUUCCCUGGGGACAUGGGCUCGAAGACUUUGCUCGCAAGUAAUUGGGCGCCUCUUGUGGGAUUUCAAGCAGCUUGAAGUCGUCGGAAUGCCGGAACAUUUCGGUCUUCCAUCCCUUUUGGGUGCACACCAACAAUCGAAAAGGCUUUUACUGCGGUCCCUCAACCACUUACUUGACUCCAUGGCCUCUCCUUCCAAUACCCCGGAGCUGAUUAGCUAUAACAUAUCUGGGCUUCUCUGCAACUACUCGCACCUCUACGCUGCAGAAGAUAUAAUGGAUGCCGUUAUCUAUAUAGUUCGCCAUCAUAUCUCUCAGGAUUGCUUAGAGCAUCGAUAUAAUAUUGAUGUCGCCCAGAUGAGAUUGAGAUCCGCAUUUGCAAAUGACCCUCACAAGGGUCGGAUGCUCCUUUGGCAUGCUGCACAAAUCGUUGGCAUUGCCAACGAAUAUCUAGUAUCAGCGCCAUGCGAAAUCAUGCGUGUAUUUAUGGCUUAUACCUUCAUAAUGGCGUACUCAACAUAUGGCCCGCGAUUCACGAGUUCU